CAUAUGCCUGGAGUGGGUGGCUACAUUGUGUCUAUUGUAUGGGUUGAUUUUUGUUUUGUUUUGUGUUUUGGGGCUGGCAUUUUGUACAUCACGGGAGGUUUAAAUUGGAGUGAAAAGCAUGGCUGAUGAGCAAGAAAUCAUGUGCAAACUGGAAAGCAUCAAAGAGAUCAGGAAUAAGACUUUGCAGAUGGAAAAGAUCAAGGCACGCCUGAAGGCAGAGUUUGAAGCCCUGGAAUCGGAGGAGAGGCACCUGAAGGAAUACAAGCAGGAGAUGGACCUUCUGCUGCAGGAAAAGAUGGCCCAUGUGGAGGAGCUGCGGCUGAUCCAUGCUGACAUAAAUGUGAUGGAGAACACCAUCAAGCAGUCUGAGAAUGACCUCAACAAGCUCUUGGAGUCCACUCGGCGCCUGCAUGAAGAGUACAAACCCCUUAAGGAGCACGUAGAUGCCCUACGGAUGACUCUGGGCUUGCAGAGGCUGCCAGAUCUGUGUGAGGAGGAAGAGAAACUCUCUCUUGAUUACUUCGAAAAGCAGAAAGCUGAAUGGCAGACAGAACCCCAGGAACCUCCCAUUCCAGAAUCUCUGGCUGCAGCUGCAGCUGCUGCCCAACAGCUACAAGUGGCUAGGAAACAGGACACCAGACAGACAGCAACUUUCAGACAACAGCCACCUCCAAUGAAGGCCUGUUUAUCAUGUCACCAGCAAAUUCAUCGGAAUGCACCGAUAUGUCCACUCUGCAAAGCAAAGAGCCGGUCUCGGAAUCCCAAAAAACCCAAGAGGAAACAGGAUGAGUGAAACACAGAAAAUCCAUGGAGAAAACAUGUGACCCAUCCUAAUCCCUUUCCAGUAGAACUGUAAACGUGGCCAGUUUAUUGAAGUGCAGACUUAAGUAUGACUUACCCAUUGUUUUCUAGCUAAUGUGACGUAAGCACAAUGUUUCUGUUCCGUCUUAAUUUCCAUCCAGUCCUCACAUUCUGGUUUUAGGAGAAGUGCUGAUGGUGCUACAUUUCAACAUUUUAGUCAUUCCAUCUUUUUGACUCCUAAGCCAAAUGGAACUUCUAUUGCAAGUAGUCUGAAUGCUGAUGAGCACAUUGUAGAUCUGAUUGCAGAGAACGACAGAUGAUCCCUCCUGUGAAGAUAUAUUUGAGGAUACAUGUUUCCUAGUUAAAUACAGUAGACCUAAGGUACCACUACUGUACUUGCCAAAAUGUCCCUGUGUUUUUUCUAUCUCUACACUGUUUGCCACACAGUAUCUUUUGCUAAAAAGCAGGCACUGUCUAUAAAACCAGAAUAUUCUUAAUGAUCAAGUGUUACUACAGCAAGUUGUUGUUGUUUUUUGAGAGAGAGAGAGAGUUGUUGCUAAAAGAUUACUCUAAUUUUCUCCUAACAGAAACCCACUUGAGGCACAGAAGUUGCUGAAUAUCCAUUUGCUAUGCUAAAGACCCAUGCCUUGACCUAACCAGCAAGAUUACAUAGGCUAGAUAUAGAGUAAAACUCAGCGUAUCCAAGGAUUUGGUGGUAUAUCUGAAAUGACCAGGAAAAAUAGGGAUAUGGGCACAGGGGGGAUAAACAUAUAGUUCAGUUUUAUGGGGUUUGAUUGUAUGGUUCCUACAGAACUGGAUUAAAAUUUGAGAAGGGGAUUAAGCCAUUGUAUCCAUAUUAAUAUUAAAUGAUGUUUAGCAUCUUAAUUAGGCCAUUUUCAGCAAUCAUAAAACAGACUUCAAUUCAAUUAAGAACUAACUAAGGCCUCAACAGCAUUUGUGGAUUCCUGGGCUCUGCAGCCAAAGAGCUAACUAGUUCUUCAGGGGAAAUCAUAAAAUACCCUGGAUUUUAGUGAUCAUUAACUGCAAUAUUAGCCAUUCUAAACCUCCUUUCCCCCUUACAACUGUGGGUCAAAAUCAGCUUUAGAGUAGGCAGGUACAACGCCCAUUGAAGUCAUAAGGAAUUUCACUUGUGCACUCCUCAGUAGUGAUGGUUGAAAAUUUUAUGGUGAAAACUGAGUUUUUGACAAAAGGAAGUUUUCACCAGAUGAGUGCACUUUCCUAUAAAAACUUCUUGUUUUUCAACAAAAAAAAUUAAAAAUUUUCCACAGAAAAAAGCCAUUUUCCAACCAGCUCUACUCCAGAGCUGAUUUCCACUUCUUGCUCUACACGUGCCAACAGAGCUCUGGCUGGAGUAUCUAUCAGAUUCCCCUGAUAUAGGGUGAGCGCCUUUCCUUAUUUCAGCCAAAGUAAGAGUAGCUUCUCUGAGGAAGGGCAAGAACAGGGACCUAGAACCUCCUGGUUUCUAAUCCCAACUAUACCACUUAGUCCUGGUGCCCUGAGAACAUAACUAACUGCUUUGUGAUUGACACUCUUCAGUAGGCCUGAUAAUACUGACUUGUCUCACAGGGGGAUUGUGCAAAUUAAAGAGCCUUGAAUAUUAAGAAUAUUUCUAAAGUACUAAAUAUUCUUUUCAAUAACACUUGGGAUUACAGAAGGAGGGAGCCCCUUCCCUAGGUUUUUAUCCUCCCCUCUCCAUUGCCCCAAUCCUUCAUCCAUACUUGUGCUGGAGUGGUUGUAUUAAGGCAGAGGACCCCAAACUGUGGGACAUCCCCCACAGGAGGGCAUGGAGGAAUGUUCAGGUUUGGGGGGGCCCCAGGCCAGCCCCCAGGGAGAGCAGAGAGGGAGGGACAUCCAGCCCCUCUCUGACCCAGUUCAUCUCCAGCCCCAGCCUGGGCCCCCGGCUCCCGAUCCUGAACACAGCUCCACUCUUAGCCCCGGGCCCUGACCCGGCUCCCGACCGCAGCUCCUCAAGGGUGGGGGUGGGGGGAGAAUAGAUUCCAUUACUGGUAAGGGGAGGCGUGACAGAAAAAGUUUGGGGACCACUGCAUUAAGGAUUUUUGUUUGUUAGUUAAACACAGAAUAAGCCACACCCUGGCCUCUGGUGAGGAGACUUUACUUGCUACUGGGGACCGUACAAGCCCACAUAAAAAGCUUUUGCUGGCCAAAGCACAUGAAUUGCCCUAAGGAUUAGGAAGGCAAAGGCUUGGGGUCCCAGGAAAUGGUGGGAGUGGCAGCCAGGAUGGUGAAACUUGUUUCAGUCGUCUGUCUGUUCUUCUGUAUUUUCCCCACAAAGUCUCUUCCUUUAAGGACCACAAAGGGAAUGAUGGGUGAAAUAGCUCUUCCCUGCUCUAAUUUGUCUACCAGUUAGGCCACGUUUCUAACAUACCAGUUUUAGUUAAUUAAUUUCCAGACCCACAUUUUCUUUCUUGUUCACUUCUCAACACCAUCCUAGAGUUUUAUCAGUACACCUUUGAGUUUGGACUAAUUCCGUUUUUCUGUCUGGUUUUCUUGCACCUGUUUAUACCAUUCUGCAUAAAGAAUAACUUGACCUACUUUUCAUGAUUAAUUCCCAACAGGCAAAACGUUAUAGGCCCAGUUGUCCCAACGGGAUUUUAUUGAAGUGAGCCACUUAUUGCAAGUUUAGUUCAUCUUGUAGUGUUGUAAUAGUUUCAUAACCAUAUAAACAUCUAUCAGCAGCGAGAGCACUCAGAACCUUCUGCUCCUGAAAAUACAGGCCUCUGCCACUCAAUAUAAAUGGGCAUUUUUCUGUUAGAUUUAGUAUUAGGACUAAGAGCCUCUAUGGGAUAUAGCCACUAGAAGGUAAUCUGAUCAGACACAUUCUUGAUCAAAUCUGACAUUCCAUUCAGUAGAGGGCAGUGGUGACAUUGACUGACAGUCUUUUAUGUCUUGACUCCUGUUUAUUAAAAAUAAACGCUGGAUUCUACUUUUAAAUGUUGAAAGGCCAUAUGCUACCUUCCCUCAAUAGUGCGACUCCUGUUGGGGUUAAUGGAAAAUGUGUAUAGUUAGAAGGCAGCAUAAGGGCCCUUAAUCUGAAUUCAUGAGAGGGAGCAUUAUCCUGUUAAUAGCAUAUAUACAUAACUUCAAAAAGUAAUGACAAUGGACAUUGGGCAAAUGGGUCUGCAACGAAGUAGUUUGCUCAGAAAUGUAGAUUUGUAAAGUCCUUGUGACAUCCUGUCCUGUGGAUAGCUGAAGGGAUAGACGCUGUCCUGACUACUCUCACUUCACUGUUACAUUCCAGAGUUACUUCCUCCUUGGGGAUUUCUAGAGCAGAGCUCUGACUGAACUGAAGAGUGCUUGGAGAUGCACCAUUUUCUAAAUCAGUGAUCUGCACUUUUUUUUUUUUUUUUUAAUCUAGUCUCUGGCACCUUCGUGUUCAACAAGCUAACUUUUUUUUAAAAUAAGGAAAAACACAUUUUUAUAAUAUGUGCAUGUAGCAUAUCUAGUUUAUACCAAUCAUGUAUUAGUAUUUACAUGGCUGUUUUCAUAUUCUUUACAAAGCUGUGCCAUAUCAAUAGCGUGCUUUGUUGGUUUUGUAUUUUUUCUUUUUUACAAAAUUGUGCCAUAUGAAUAAUGUGCAUUUCUAGUAGUAAGUCAAACUAUGACCCCAAGGAGUCAAAAGUUGUUUAUGUAUUUAAGGGAGAGGGGUUCUUUCAUAGGGAAAACAGUAUUCCCCUGUUACCACUAUUGCAGAUUGCAAGAAGAUUAUUGGAUGGCUUCUGACAUGACAGCACUGGGCCCUUUCCUUUCCUCUCAUCUUUUUUCUCGUUAAGAGACUAUACAAACCUAUAUUAUGAAAUAUUGAUUUCAGGGGCCUCAUUUGCUAUGGGGAAAGGGGGGCAGCGGUCCCUCGAGACUUCUCAUAGGUUUGUAUGCUCCAUUAUGUCUUCCAUUUUUUGCAAUCCCCCUUCCCCCCCCCCCGAGACUUUGUAGAUUAUAAUAUAAUCACAUAUAAUUUUCUAUAUGAUGACACAACUUUGCCACCUCGUCCAUCUGUCCAGAAUUUUUCUGAAAUGACACCCCUUAUUGAUUUCUUGCUCUUUUAGGUAUAUGAGCAAACUAUCUGCACCAUAGUUUUUAUUAUAUAAUUUCUGUAUUUUCUGGUAAAGUAAAAGCCUCUAAAGAUCAACAGUGGCCUCUAAUUUUGCACCUAUGAAUAACUUUGACAAUUCAUAUUUUAAUAUGUGCACUCAAGAGUUAACUGAUGGUUGUCAGGUGUCGGGUUUUUGACUGGAACACCUGGUUGAAAAGGGACCCUGGCGGUUCCGGUCAGCACUGCUGACCGGGCCGUUAAAAGUCCAGUUGGCGGCGUAGGCAGGUUCCAUGCCCGGCUCCCAGGAAGUAGCCGGCAUGUCCCUCUGGUUCCUAGGCGGAGGCGUGGCCAAGGGGGCUCUGCGUGCUGCCCCCACCCCGAGUGUCAGCUCCGUGGGUCCCAUUGGCCAAUGGGAUCUGCGGAGGCAGCCCCUGCAGGCACGCAGAGCCCCCUGGCCGCACCUCCACCUAGGAGCUGGAGAGACAUGUGGUCACUCCCCAGGAGCUGCCUGAGGUAAGUGCCACCCAGAGUCCGCACCCCGAACCCCUUCCUGUUCCCCAACCCCCUACCCCUGCCCUAAGCCCCCUCCCGCACGCUGAACCCUUCAGCCCUGGCCCCACCCCAGAGCCCAUACCCCCCCCCCCGUACCCCUGCCCCAGCCCGGAGCCCCCUUCCAUACCCUGAACCCCUCAGCCCCACCCCAGAGACCACACCCCCAGCCGGAGCCCUGCCCCCCUCCUGCACCCCAAGCCCCUGCCCCAGCCUGGUGACAGUGAAUGAAGGUGGGGGAGAGCGAGCUACGGAGGGAGGGAGGAUGGAGUGAGCGUGGGGUGGGGCUUCGGGAAAGGGGCAGUGAUGUUCGUUUUUUUGCAGUCAGAAAGUUGGCAACCCUGCCAUCAGGCAUCCUUGCAACUAAGUGAAUCUGCCCUCAACUGCAAGUUACAAAAUUAGAGGCCAUUUCUGAAAGUAUAGCCCCAGCUGUUUUGCUUCUAAGAUCAGACUGCUCCAGCAGGGCUCAGGUAAGAGCUAACUAACAUCCUUAGUAAGUAAAAUAUAAAAGACACUGUUCAUCCUUAUUUGAGAGCCUUCUGCCUUUCCCUCAUUAGUUAUAUUCAUUAGUGCUAGCCUUGAGUUUCAAUGGGUUCUGUGUUUUAAAUAUUAUACUCCUGUGCCCAGUUGGAGUAAUGUGCUAAAUGUUCAGCGUGUCUGUACAGUCCUUUUUAAUAAACAUUGUUUCAUGCCAUA